GUGAGUAGAAUGUGUUCACUUCUCAGCAGCAGUCUGCACGGGGCAUUUGUCUUCACGAUGUUGUCUUGUGUUCUGUCUCGAGGUUUCUGCCAGGUUGUUGCGGAAGUGAACCGCAGGUCUUACCCGACAUUUGGCUCAGUUUUACGCACUUUUACAACCUCAAGUCCCAAAUGCGGAGAAGCAUCCGACAGCGCUUCAGUGGUGACCUACUCUCAGCUGAAGACAAUGCUGUCCAACCGAGACAUUCAGCUGUUUGAUGUAAGAAAUCCUGAUGAAUACCAGGCUGGGCGCAUUCCAGAUGCUGUCAACAUCCCACUGGGCAACCUGGAGGAGUCUCUGAAGCUGUCCCCAGAGCGUUUUCAGCAGACGUUUGAAGUGAAGGCUCCUGGGAAAGAUGACGACAACAUUGUGUUUCACUGCAAAAGUGGCAACAGGAGUGCCAAAGCACUGGACAUCGCCCGUCAGCUGGGAUUUAGCAGGGCGAGACAUUAUAAAGGAGGGUACAGUGAGUGGGCAGAGCAAGAAGGAAAAUGAAUCUGGACUAAAUGCUGCGCUUUACCGCCAUAUUUGUAUCAAAUAUAAUACUAAUACAAAACUACAGAGCGAUGUCUUGAGCAACAUUGACUUGACUGUUUAUAAGUUACAAAUCAGAUUCACAUUAAAUUAUAUAAAAAUUU